AUGCCGGCACCUGCUUCAAGGUCACUAGAUGCCACGCUGCAGACAUCGAUAAUACUGUGCGAGCGAUUCGCAUCCUCGCUUGCGCCAAACGCUUCAGUCGAGUUGCCUCCUACGAAUAGUGACUCACCGUCACCUCUCAUACUGCUGGAAGCAGCUGCCACGGCGCUAAAGUCUCAAGCGACCAAACUAUCCUUGCUGACCAUAACGGCUCCAUUCACGCCUUCUGCGGUCACGACAUGCCUCAACUCACUCAACGAAUCCAUCCUGACUUCGCUGGUUACAGCCGCCCUCCUGACGACCCCAGAGCUGUUCACUCCAUCCUAUUCCGCGGAAUGUCGCUCUCUUGCGGCGGCCUUAUUGCGGGAUAUUCAGGGUCUGCUCCGCCUGGUGGAAAAGCGCAGUUGUGACAGCAAACCUAAGGCAGAGGUGCCUGCAGGGGAGAAGAAGACGAUUACUGAAGCCACCGGACGCGUGUGGGAUGACUGUGAUAGACUCGGUUUACUGGCAAAAGAAGACGUCCCGGGCUAUGCUCUGAGAAAAUCGAAGCAAUGGCUUGACUUGAUGAAAGAUGCUGUCAAAGAACUGGAAGAAUGGGACCCUGAGGAGGACAUCGACGACGAAGACCCAUUCGGCGAGAAUCCCAGCGACGAUGAAGACAGCAAUGACCCGAACGACACGGGCGACGAUAGUGAUCGAGCCGCCAUCUCUGCUGGUGUCAAGGUGCAAGCAUUAAAAGUCUUGAAUCGCAUCCCACAGAGCAUCCAUGUUGUGGUCAAGCAAAGACUGGAGAAGCUCGACUUGACGACACCAGCAUCACCGGAGCAAAUGAAACAGUUGGACACACUACAACAACGGAACCGACUAAUUUCGGAACUCAUCGACGAAUCCGCGGAAGGCAUGUAUUUGGGAAACCUCGAAUUGUGUCUGAAAAAGGCCGGCGAGGCUCGUGCCCUCACAAUCGAAGUGGUCGAGUCGGUCAUUCAGCCUCUCUUUCCUGCCACUCCCGCGUUGACUCCCGCGUCAACGACUACAGAAACCAAAGAGGACAAAUUCAUAAAAAGAGCUCUGGAAUGGAUCAUGCAAGUCGACACUGGUCCAGCUCCUCCACGACAAACAACGGCACAAUCUUCUUCGGCAAGAUAA